AUGGUUAAUCCAGCAGUCUCUAACCUUGUCAUCAUGCUUGUCAUGAUGCAAGUUUCAAAGAAAAUCGACUUCGAGGACUCUACUGUCCUCUUAGGCGUCCGAGCUUUAUAUCUUGCCAGUAAUGCUCUUAUCUUUGGUCUCUAUUUCUACACUAGAUUCCAAAUCAACAAGAAAAAUGAUCUGACUACCUUGAAGUAUGUCGAGCCUCCUGCUCCUAUGAGCGGUCAAACUGAGUCCAAAUUGGUCACUACCACUAUUAAGGAGUAUGAUCUUGGUCAAGUCACCUCUGCCAUGAAGGGUGUUUUCCAAGGUAUUGCCAUGAUGGCUUUCAUGCACUUGUACAUGAAGUACACCAACCCCUUGUUGAUUCAAUCUAUCUUGCCUGUCAAGUCUGCUAUUGAACAAAACAUUGUUCAAAUCCAUGUUUUUGGCAAGCCUGCUGCCGGUAAUCUCAAGCGUCCUUUCAAGGUUGCCAGCAUGUUUGGUGCUGGUGAUGUUAAGACCGACAAGAAGGCCAUUUCUGAGGCUGAAGUCUCUGGUGCCGGUGGUGUCAAGGAGGAUUAG